AUGGAUGAAUGGGUUGGUCAGGGACCCCGUGACCAGCUCAUGCUGUGCGAUGUUGUUGCCGGCAGCUCGCCCAAGUUGUUGAUAGUCCCCCAACUAGCUGCGCAGGCGAGGAUAAGCCAGAACGAGUCCAGAGGAGAGACGUGUCUUCUCUUCCGUUCUCGAAAUAUCAGAUACUGUGAGAUGUGGUUGAGGUCUGGUGUGUUUCGGCGUGCUGCCCCACCUGGAGCUUCCCUGUCCCUUUUGGAGCUUAAUCGAUUCGACAUCGACCGCAGUCCUUUCCAACAAUUCAACAAUACUACGACCGACCAUUUCGCGACGGCACGGGUCAAUUAUGCGAGCAGUCGAAGCCCCAGUCCUCUGAAAGGCCAGUUCUUUGGGGCUGCAACGACCGAUGCCUUCGACGAGGCUCCUUCAACCCGCCUUUCCAAUCUAGAGUCUCUGAAGCCUGCGAGGACGACUCGAUGGAACAUGAUGAAAAGCGCGAGCAUCCAGAAAUUUGGUCCUCGGGUUAUCCAAGAGGCAGACUAG